GGGUUUCCAGGGGCUGCUGGUGACUCUGUGACUGCGAAGGAAGGAGAAAACCUAAACCUUCACUGCACCUUCAGCACCCUCAGCAGCACCAACUCUACCCUGCAGUGGUUAAACCCCGAUGGUUUCACCGUUUUCCUCAACGCUCAGCAGGUUUUAAGAGACCAGAGGUACAAACUGCUCCGUUACUCCAAGGAUGAAUUGUCCAUCCAGCUGUGCAACGUGACUGUGCAGGAUGAAGGGAUUUACAGCUGCUUCUACUACAGCAGGCACUUCCAGAGCAAGAGGCACAAUGUUCAGAUUUUGGCUGCUCCUUCCCAUCCAGUGCUGGAAGUGUCCCAGGAUGAAGGAAGAGGCAUCAAACUCUCCUGCUACACCCAGGGCAGCAAACCCCAGCCCCAGAUCUCCUGGCUGUUGGACAAUGGGAUAGAGCUCUCAGGUGACACCAAGCACCAGCUGGGAGCUGAUGGGAAGAAAUGGAGCACGAGCAGCACGCUGAGGAUCCUCAGCUACAGCCCCCAAGGGACAGCCAGCUGCAUCCUCCGGCACCCUGCACUCGGGGCAGAGAGGCUGACGGCAUCUCUCCCCUUCCAGGACCUGCCCAGCACGGGCUGCAACCAACCAACCAGACUUUCAGAGGGUGCAGACGGUCCCAGCCCUUCAGAGAAUCCAGCAGUUCCCCGUUCUCCAGAGAAUCCAGCAGGUACCAGCCCUUCUGCAUCCCCAGGGAAUCCAGAAGAUUUCAGCCCUUCUUCAUCUCCAGAAGAUGCAGAAGUUUCCAACCGCUCUGCAUCCCCAAAAGAUCCAGUGAUUCCCAGCCCUUCUUCAUCCCCAAAAGAUGCAGAAAUUUCCAGCCCCUCUGCAUCCCCAGAGAAUCCAGAAGUUUCCAGCCCUUCCUCCUCCCCAAAAGAUGCAGCAGUUCCCAGCUCAGCACCAACACCAACCCAGCCAAACCUCACAGGUGUCACAUCUAACGGGCCUGAAGAAACAACAGCAGCAGAAGAAUUGGGAGGUUCAUUGAGUUCUGGGGGUUCCAAUGGGACUGAAACAACUCCCAGUGGAAAUGGCACCGAGGAGGAACCUCCCAGGACAGAGGUGCCACCCCCACAUGAAAAUAUAACAGGGAUUUCCACCCCCACCCUCGAGCGAGAUCCUGAAUUCAAAGGCAUCGUAAAGAAGGAGAAGAAUCUCCUGCUGCCCAUCCUGGUGGCUGCUCUGAUUUUUGUGCUGCUCAUCAUUGUCCUGCUUUUCAUGGUGAAGCUGAAGAAAGCCCACGGAGUGUGGAAGAGAGAAAAUGAUGUUUCAGAGCAGACACUGGAGAGUUAUAAAUCCAGAUCUAAUGAAGACAGUCCAGGCCAUGAGAGGAAUGGACAAGCUGUAAAUCCCAAAUCCAACAUGCAAUAUAUAACAGAAGGACACGUGGAAACCCCAGAGAAGAAUCCAGAAACGCCAGAGAAGAAUCCAGGGGACAAAAACAUGGCAAUAAGUGAGAAAAUGUUUCAGUGUGGAAGGGAGACAGAUGUGUAA